AUGAAACUACACUUGAUAGCCCUCCUAGGGCUCUUGACACCGCCAUGCUCAGCAGAGAACAUCAAGGUUGACGCCUCAAAUCCUGACUUGGCCUCCAUUCCCAACCUGGUUUGUCUCUCACUCCUUCUAGUUACAGCAUCAAUCGUCAUCCGAAGGACCAUGUAUCCCGGAAACACCCAACUGACUCCUCGCCACUCACAGCAAGGCUCAUUGCAAGAUGCCAUCGUACCGUUGGAUCAAAUUUUUGGUGCACCAAAUACACCUACCCAUGUCGAAGCCAAGAAGAAAUUGGAUAAAUCCAUGGCGAGAGGAUGGGGAAAUUGGAAUCUCCUCGAAAAGUCUAUUCAAUACUCCAAGAAAUUCACCCGUAUAGACAGCCUUCUCAAAAAGAACCAAGAACUCUGCACACAAAUCGUGCGACACGCCAUGGUAUUCUACGGCAUCAGCCAAGAUGAACUCGACAAGCAUAUCAAGAGUCUUGAAGCUUCUGGAAGGCUGGCUGAUAAGAUCUCUGUAUCACAGGCUUUGAAGCAUUAUGUUCGGGAUUGGACUGAGACUGGUGAGAGUGAGAGGAAGACUACGUUUGAGUGUUUAACCACAACACUCAAGGAACUGUUCCCUGAUAGGAGUGGUGAUAAGCCUGUUAAGGUGCUUGUCCCAGGGGCGGGAUUGGGAAGGCUGGGACAUGAUAUUGCGGACCUUGGAGGCUUCGAUGUUACCAUCAACGAAUGGUCAAUGUACAUGAACAUAGCCUACCGCUAUAUCGAAACCAACCGCGCAAAAAGCAGCCACUCCCUCCACCCCUUCAUCGACUCUUGGUCCCACCACUCAACACACUCCAACCAACUCCGUCCCCUCACCUUCCCCGACACACCUCUCAACAGCACAUCCGUCGUCCUCAUCGAAGGCGACUUCACAACAGUCUUCCCCCAACCAGGCGAAUUCGACGUAGUCGUAACAUACUUCUUCAUCGAUACAGCCCGCAAUUUGAUGAGUUACCUCGACACGAUUAAAAAGGUGCUUAAGCCGGGUGGUUACUGGAUUAACCUCGGUCCAUUAUUGUAUGGAACUGGUCCUUUUGUGCAGUUGAGUUUGGAGGAGAUUUUGAUCGUGUGUGAGGGGUUGGGAUUUGAGUUUCUGGAGACGGAUGAUAAAUGGGGUGAAAGGACGAUUGAGGGCAGGAAUGUCAGGGGGAUGCAGGCUGCUUAUGGGUUUGAUGAUCUGGCGCUGACGACGAGUGCUUAUAAUGCGCAGUUUUGGGUUGCCAGGAGGUCAAUGAAGCCUUAG